UUGAGGGAAAUCUUCCAGAGGCUUCCGUGCGAGACUGUGCGUGAAGCCGGGGCCCUGGGCCCAUGGAGCCGUCUCCCCCAGGGCAGGGCCGGAUGCUGCUGCUGGUGGCGGCCUUCGGGCUGGUGCUGCAGGGACCCUGUGCCAACACACUGCGUAACUUCACCCAAGCCAGCGAGGCCGUGGCCUGCGGGGCCGAGCUGGCCUUGAACCAGACGGCCCAGGUGUUGGAGCAGGCCAAGCAGCCCCUUGUCAGUGCCCUGAACAAGAUUAAAGCCAUUGCCCAGAAGGCCAAAGAGGUGGCUGACCGGGUCCGCAAGUUCUUCCGGUCCAUCAUGGACGGCGUGAAGCACGUAGCCAGGGUCCUGCGUAACGUGUGGUACUGGCUCCUGCACAUCGGCGACGUGUGCAACGCUGAGCUGGGCAACCCCUACCUCAAGUGUGCGCGGGUCUUCGACGACGCCAAGGACCGCUGCAUGCGCGUUGUCCCCUGGGCCUAUCACCUGUGCUACGUGUUCAUGCCCUUCAAGCUCGCGCUGUGCGGACUGGCCAGCGUGGUGCAGGUGUUCUGCGUUAUCCCCAAGUACCUCCAGCCCUUCUUGCGCAAGACCCUUGGCACCCCUGUGAGGAACCUAAUUAACCGGGUGCGUCAGGAGUUUGAAUUCAACGUGACGGCCGCCCACCACUUCUCCGUGGACCUCAAUGCCUCUCGGAGCCUGUCGCAGGUGGCCCUGGACCUGCAUGAAGCCAUCAGCCUGAAGCUGCACCGUGUCCGAGAGGCCCUGGCCCUGAUGGGCUACACCACGCCUCUGCUGCUUUCGCUCCUCUACCUCCAAGCUCUGUUCUACCGGUACUGUUACUUGAACUGGGUCAGUUAUGACAACGUGUACAUCACCAGCCGGUUCCUACGCAUGGAGGCCAUCCGCGCCGAGGCGGGGCUGCCCACGGUGCUGCCCCUCAGCGCCCAUGAGGCCAGACGCUACAUCCAGCCUGGUUCCGUCUUCCUGUCCAGCUGGGAGCAGAUAUUCUACACCCUGGCCAUCCUCAGCCUUGCCCGGCACCUCCUCCUCGUGCUGGCCCUGGUCUUCCUGGACUACGCCGUCUUCUGGGUGCUCGACCUGGCCCGGUACCAGUUGCAGGGGGAGAUCGUGGCCCGGAGCCCCGUGCUAGUGUCCAUAACCGUGGAAGGCACCGGCUACACCGGGCGGAUUUACCGGGACCUGGUGUCGGCGUUCAACGUCUUGCAGCAAAGCAACAUCAGCAUCUUGUCCCGGCACUGCCUCCUGAGGCCCUCGGAGCCAGAUGCCACCGGUUACAUCGUCAUCGGCAUCCUGUAUGGCCUGAGUUUCUUCGUCACGCUGUUCGGCAACUACGUCAGCAGGCUGCGGCGGGCCAUCUGCGCCUCCUACUAUCCGUCGCGGGAGCAGGAGAGGAUCUCCUACCUCUACAACCUACUUCUGAGCCACCGAACCAAUCUGCCGGCGACUGUGCACCGAGCAGCGAGACGGCGGGCAGCAGACCAGGGCCACGCAAGUGUCCUCCAGAAGCUGGCCAGGCGGUGCUCCUGUCUGGACCGCGUGCUCAGCCGCUUCUGGCCGCUCCAGGAUUAUUGCCUGGGCUGUGGGCAGCCCCACGACCCCGAGGACACGGAGAACUUUGUGUCCUGCAGCACCCCGGGCUGCCGAGGUCUCUUCUGCCCCACCUGCUUCCGUCUCCUGGACAACACCUGCUCCGUGUGUGCAGCGCCCCUCUCCCAGCAGGGGGGCCUGGACCUGGAGCUGGACUCCAGUGACGAGGAGGCCCCCCGGCUCUGGCUGGCCGCCGCUCGGAGGAAGAACCCUGAGCAGGAGCGUUCCCUGCGGCGGCAGCUGCAGGAGGCCCUGGGCAGGACCCUUGCUUCGGAGUCCAGCUCCGGGGUCAGUGACCUGGACGAGGAGAAGGGGCCUCGGCAGAGGACACACAGUUAGCGGCUCCUACCGGACGCUCAGUCUUUCAGGGUUCCCACCCUGCCUCUGCCCACACUCGGACGACCUCCCAAACCCUGGGCCCCACAGCAGUCCCCUCCAGCUCCAGAAGCCUGGCCCCUCCUUCUCUUCUCUCCCUCCCCUGAUCCCUCCCACCUACCCCCAAAUGA